AUCUUAUUUAUUGAAUAUUCAAUGCGAAACAAUGAACAAUCGCGUUAUUCGUUUUUGGGGACACCUAUUCCUAAUUGGCUGUAUUCCGUGUACAACAAUAUACUAUGGUUUUUAUUUGGAGCAGCUUGUUCACAACUAACUACAGAUAUCGGUAAAUAUACGAUAGGAAGAUUGAGACCACAUUUUUUAGACAUCUGUAAACCCAACGUGGACUGUAAUAAUGAUAUGAAUAAAACAAAAUAUAACGAAGAUUUUAUAUGCGGCGGAGAAAGGCCCAGCAAAUUUACCGAUAGUAGACUAUCAUUUCCUUCUGGCCAUUCUUCAUUAUCAUUUUAUUGUAUGGUUUACUUAGCUCUAUAUUUACAAGCCCGAGUUAAGACAUCUAAAUAUGGAAUGGCAAGAAGUUUAGCUCAAUUUGUGGUUGUUUUAAUGGCAGCGUUUUGUGCAUUAUCACGAGUCAGCGAUUAUAAACACCAUUGGAGUGAUGUAUUGGCGGGAACAAUUUUGGGAAUUACCACUGCUACUAUAACUGCAUUAUACGUAUCGGAAUUAUUUGCGUCAAAAUAUAAAUCUCUCCGAAAACGCAAUUCUUCAGCAGACGACAUCGACACUGCAAAUAAUUUACAAACAACCGAACUCAAAUAAAUAUGCACUAAUGCUUCAAAAUUGCAUUUAAAUUGUAUGAGUAUUCUUGAAUAUUUCGUUAAUAUAUUGAUUAUUAUAAAUAAUUUGACUAAAUUAAAUUGAAUUCCUUCAUUUGUUUGACAAAAAAAUUAAAAUGUCCAUUCUAAAUUCUAUUUAUAUUUAUUAUUUAAAGAUAUUUUCAAAACUGUAAUGAAGAACAUCUAAUCCCAAUUUUUAUUUUUUUUUAUUAACAAUUGGGUAUUAUAAUUUACGGUAAUUUUAAAAAUC